UUCACCAGAGGGAAACAAGGCGCCAGCGCGCUACCAAAAUGUGCUAGGGUUUUGCCGAUCGACUCGCAGGGCGAGGAUCGAUCUAUGGCGCCCGAGGGAUCGGCUCUAGUCGCAAUGUCGGCCGCGAUGUCGUGCGGCCAGCUCCAUCGCCUCAAAGGGAUGCAACAAAAGAGGAAACCAGCUGGGAGAGAAAUUCUAUUCUUCCAUGGCAAUGUUUGCUCCAAGAGUUUUCUUCUAGGCAGCAGAGGUCUAGAAGGAAAACUCGUUCUUUGGACGAAUCCAAGGCUAAGGCCGAGCAGGAGAAAAAUGGUGGCAUACUGCUGGGGGACCUCUUCGCCUGGUUCCGAGAGUAUAGAUCAGUUGGAGAGCGAGAAAAAAUCCAACGAGGAGCCUGCCAUGGAAAUCAAUACCAGUAAUGGAACUUCCAGCGAUGAAAGCCACUCGUUCACCACUACUGCUAGCGUGGAGGACGACAAACCAAAGUCCUGGUUCGACAGGAUACCAAAGCGAUGGCAGAUUGUAGCCUUGUGCUUCUUCGCGUUCCUCCUGUGCAACAUGGAUCGGGUGAAUAUGAGCAUUGCUAUUCUCCCAAUGGCUUCCGAGUUCCAUUGGAACUCCACCACAGUCGGUUUAGUGCAAUCGUCAUUCUUUUGGGGAUAUCUUCUCACACAGAUCGCUGGAGGUGUGUGGGCAGACAGCAUUGGAGGGAAGAAAGUUUUAGGAUUCGGAGUGAUAUGGUGGUCAGUAGCAACAGUUUUGACUCCGCUAGCAGCAAAACUUGGCCUGCCAGUGCUAUUCGCAGUCCGAGCUUGCAUGGGAAUUGGCGAGGGCGUUGCAAUGCCUGCAAUGAAUAAUCUUCUCUCUCGUUGGAUUCCGGUGACCGAACGCAGUAGAUCGCUUGCCUUGGUGUACAGUGGAAUGUAUCUUGGAUCGGUGACAGGACUUGCGUUUUCUCCCGCCUUGAUUCACAAGUAUAACUGGCCCUCAGUUUUCUUCACGUUUGGUUCGUUGGGAGCGGUCUGGUUUACAUUCUGGCAGAAAAACGCAUAUAGCUCGCCUGCGGAAGAUCUCACGCUUUCGGAGGAAGAGAAGAAUUACAUACUCGGAGAUAGCGCUCAAGAGAAAGUAGCUAUCGGCGAGAUACCCUGGGGUCAGCUUCUAUCUGAACCAUCUGUGUGGGCGCUAAUAGUUUGUCACUUUUGUCACAACUGGGGGACUUUCAUUCUCUUGACAUGGAUGCCGACGUACUACAACCAGGUUUUGGGAUUCAAUCUGAUGGAAUCCGGAAUGUUUUCAGUCCUUCCUUGGUUGACAAUGGCGUUGUCCUCUAAUCUUGGGGGAUGGAUAGCUGACAAUCUUGUAAAGAGGGGAGUUUCGGUCACACUUGUUCGGAAGGUGAUGCAAUCCAUUGGUUUUCUUGGCCCGGCUUUUUUCCUUACGCAGCUUAGCCAUAUCCGUUCGCCUUCUGGUGCUGUUCUGUGUAUGAUGGCUUCCCAGGGUUUGGAUGCUUUCUCGCAGUCGGGAUUGUAUUCCAACCAUCAAGAUAUUGGCCCUCGCUAUGCGGGAGUAUUGCUCGGACUCUCCAAUACUGCGGGAGUUCUUGCUGGUGUCAUAGGAACUGCUGCAACAGGAUACAUCUUGCAGCAUGGGACAUGGGAUGACGUCUUCAAAGUAGCAGUCGCAUUGUAUUUAGUGGGAACAGUUGUUUGGAACCUUUUCUCAACAGGAGAGCGAGUUAUCGACUGACAAAAAUUGUUUUUCCCGAUUAGUAAAUCAAUAACGUAAAUUGCGGGGAGUUUUAAUGCGAGUCCUGUCUUAUGAAAUGCUCCUGCUGUAAGAAAUCCAGUUUAAUCAGAUGCUUUCUCCACGAUCCAACACGAGCUGCUGAAUUAAGAGCGGCAUCAUCAGUCGAACACAUGUUCGCAAGCACAACAUAGAGCGAUGGAUCGCCAGGAUGCAACUCAAGGACACACUGCGCAAGCCGAGCUCCCCUCUCGACGUCCUUGUGACUCUUGCACGACCCGAGCAAGCACGUCCAGUCCAAGAUAUUGGGAACAAACGGCAUCGUAAAGACGAGCUCCUCCGCCUCCUCCAGGUACCCGGACCGUCCCAGAAGAUCCAGAACGCAGAAGAAAUGCUGUUUGGUGGUCUCGAGACCAAAGUCGAGCUUCAUCGAAACAAAGCAGCACCUUCCAUCGUAAACUUUGCCGGCAUGGCUGCAAGCGACGAUGAUCGACACGAAAGAAGAUUCAUCCGGCUGGUGGAGGGACUUUAAGUUGUCAAACACUUCCUUAGCGUCGUGGUAAUCUCCCCUAUGCGCAUACGCAUGAAGAAGAGUGCUCCACGAAACUAUGUCAAGCUCAGGCAUGAUAUUGAGAAGAUUCCGAGCCA